AUGGCAAUCCAGAAGAUGGGUGGCAGGGGGCGGGUGGCAGCUGAGCUGCUUGAACAGAGAAGGAGCAGCCACUGUGAUGACAGGAAGCAGACGCUGUUAGCACUGCUGGUCUUGGUGCUGUACCUGGGCACAGGGAUAUCAGGAAGUGGCUGGGAAGGAUCCGGACGGAUCAGGGACUGCAGCCACCCUCAGAAUCCCGUGGCAUCCCAGGGCUUUGAGUAUCAGGCCAAUGAACCCACUGAAGAGCCAACAAGGACCCUCAGGAAGUGGCUGAAGACAAACUUGCACGGUUUUCUGGAGAAGCUAGAGAGAGAAGUGAGAGAGCUGGAACAGCUGGUGCGUGACCUGGAAUUCUGGCUUGAUGCGCUUCUGGGAGAGCCGCACCCCGAAGAUCUGUGCUCCACCUACAAGGGUCAUUUGUGA